ACCAUGGCGGUCAACAAGUUCAUCAAGUACUCCCUCUUCACCUUCAACUUCUUGUUCUUCCUGGGCGGAAUCGUCAUCUUCGGGCUGGUGCUGCACGCCCGGGCCAACAAAGAACGCUUCCAGAUCACUGACAACCAUCUGCCGGCCAUAGACCUGCUGGUGUUUGUCGGCGCGGCCAUGGUGAUCCUGAGCUUCCUGGGCUGCUGUGGAGCCAUCCGAGAGAACCGCUGCCUGCUGGCGCUCUUCUUCCUGGGCCUGCUCUCCGUGCUGCUCAUGAUGCUGGCCGUGGGAGUGAUGGGAGUGAUCUCGAGGACGGCAGCCGCUCAGGAGAAGAUGAGGCUUCACGUGACGCAGCUGCUGCCGCUGGGCAAGCUGCCGGCCGGCGACCAGGUGGCGUUCCAGCAGAUCGAGAGGAACGGCUUCUGCUGCGGUCUGUUCAGGGGGCACCUGGACUGGGGCGAGUCGGAGCAGGUCCCGCGCUCCUGUAACUGCACGGACACGUCCAGGGAUUGCACGGCCGUGGACGGACGCGAGGUCUACGCCACGCCGUGCAUGGUCUUCCUCAUGACGUGGAUGGACAGGGUGUCGGGCUCGCUCAUGGGCAUCGCGUUUGGUUUCGGCGCCGUGAUGAUUCUGGGCAUGAUCUUCUCGUCGGUCCUGUGUUGUCAGGUCGUGGCGAACAAGGGAAGCAUCUUUUGACCACGCGAGAGGACAAAUCACGUCCUUCUGAGAAGUUUCUAUUCCUGUGUAUUCAUGUUUAUACGUUCUGUAGAUUCUAACAGAGUGUCUUUAUUUGGACAUUUUUAAUGAUUUAUUGUCACAGUAAAGUGUGUAGUAAGAAGAGGAGGCUGCUCUGUAAUCAAUAGGACAGUGACUAGAUAAACAUAAAAGUAAGACAAACAGCAAACUCACUUAAAUACACGUUCACCCACUGAAUUAAAUAGAAUAUAUCAGUUUCAGUUGUUCUGAAAAACAACAGAAAACAACUCGAAUUGGAGCAGCAGCCGAGAUGAAAACAGGAAACAAACACGACUGAAACAGUUUUCUAUUAAAUAUACAUUAUAAACACGGUGACUAUCUUUGCAAGUGCUUGAAUUUUAAUAUUGUGCUGUCAAGUUGUAAAAAGGUGCUUGAGUUUUGGAUCAAGUGCUUGAAACGGUGACCAUUUAUCUCACAAUCUUGACUGAAUAGUUUAGUGUAGAAGCCUCUCAAAAAAAACCCAAAUGGACCACAAUCAGAAGACAAUCUGUCAGUUUUUAGAAACUUCCCCUUUUUUAGUGGAAUUCUGGGAUUUUCCAUUUCCGGUGUCAAAUCGCUUCUACCUCUGGGGGGGCGCUACAUUAGGGAACCCUCCUCUGGGUCAUAUUUUAUAGCAAAAUGUGCUUCGUUUUCGUCUUUGUAAAUGUAUUUCAUACGUAAUCCCUUUGGGUUCAUGUGUAGUGUGUUUUUCUUGAUUAUUCACACGUAAUAAAAUGUUUUUGUUUACGGUGUGGGACAUAAAUAAGGCGACACGAGUUCUUCAUGCAGUUAAUUGGGUUGAGUUGGUUCAUGUCAGUGAAUGUGGGUUUCUUUCAUUUUGCUCAUGUUUUUUCCUCAAAUUGAGCUCCUGUGACGUUUCUCAUGAGGAUUAUUUGUUAUUAUUUAUGUUAUGUUCGUGUGUGUCUUUA